AUGGCUGCCACGGGGGUCCUUCCCUUCAUCAGGGGCGUGGAUCUCAGUGGGAACGACUUCAAGGGCGGCUAUUUUCCUGAGCACGUCAAGUCUAUGACCAGCUUGCGAUGGCUGAAGCUCAACCGGACCGGCCUCUGCUAUUUGCCCGAGGAACUCUGUGCCCUCCAGAAGCUGGAGCAUCUCUCCGUGAGCCACAACAACCUGACCACUCUCCAUGGAGAGCUCUCUGGCCUCCCUUGCCUCCGGGCCAUCGUGGCCCGCGCCAAUUGCUUGAAGAACUCCGGUGUUCCCGAUGACAUCUUCCAACUGGACGACCUCUCUGUGCUGGAUCUGAGCUACAACCAGUUGACCGAAUGUCCACGGGAGCUCGAGAACGCCAAGAACAUGCUGGUGCUUAAUUUGAAACAGAACAGCAUUGACAACAUCCCCAACCAGCUCUUUAUCAACCUGACGGACCUGUUGUACCUCGACCUGAGCGACAAUAAGCUGGAGAGCCUCCCCCCUCAGAUGCGGCGCCUGGUUCACCUACAGACGUUGAUUCUGAAUAAUAAUCCGCUGAUGCACGCCCAGCUCAGGCAACUUCCGGCAAUGAUCGCCUUGCAAACUCUUCACCUCCGGAACACGCAACGGACUCAAAGCAACCUCCCCACCAGCCUGGAUGGGUUGACCAACCUAACCGACGUGGACCUCUCCUGUAACGACUUGAGCCGGAUCCCCGAGUGCCUGUACACCUUGGCCAACCUGCGGCGGCUCAACCUGAGCAGCAACCAGAUCGCCGAGCUGUCCCUCUGCAUCGACCAGUGGACUCGGCUGGAGACCCUCAACCUGUCGCGAAACCAGCUCACCUCCCUGCCGUCAGCUAUUUGCAAGCUGAUCAAGCUAAAGAAGCUGUACUUGAAUUCCAACAAGCUGGAUUUCGACGGGAUUCCCUCGGGCAUUGGGAAACUGGCCAACUUGGAGGAAUUCAUGGCGGCCAACAAUAACCUCGAGCUCAUCCCAGAAAGCCUCUGUCGGUGCGCCAAGAUAAGGAAGCUGGUUUUGAACAAGAACAGGCUAGUCACCCUGCCUGAGGCGGUGCACUUCCUGACGGAUAUCGAGAUCCUGGAUGUCCGCGAGAACCCCAACCUGGUGAUGCCGCCGAAGCCCGUGGACCGGACCUCCGAGUGGUACAACAUUGACUUCUCCCUGCAGAACCAGCUGCGGCUGGCUGGCGCCUCUCCAGCUACCGUGGCAGCCGCUGGAGUGGGUAGCAGCCCAAAGGAUCCCUUGGCCCGGAAGAUGCGCCUGCGGAGGCGCAAAGACUCCACGCAGGACGACCAGGCGAAGCAGGUGCUGAAAGGAAUGUCCGACGUGGCACAGGAGAAAAACAAGAAGAUGGAGGAGAAUGGGGAUUUGAAGUACACUGACCUGAAGACCCGCCGAUGGGACCAGAGCUUGGAGAAGCCGCAGCUGAAUUACUCCGAGUUCUUCACCGAGGACGUGGGGCAGCUGCCGGGGGUCUCCAUCUGGCAGAUCGAGAACUUCAUCCCCGUCAUGGUGGACGAGGCGUUCCAUGGGAAGUUCUACGAGGCGGAUUGCUACAUCGUGCUGAAGACAUUGCUCGAUGACAACGGCUCCUUGAAUUGGGAGAUCUACUACUGGAUCGGCCAGGAGGCCUCCCUGGACAAGAAGGCCGGUGCAGCCAUCCACGCGGUCAACUUGCGGAAUUACCUGGGAGCCGAGUGCCGGACCAUCCGGGAGGAGAUGGGGGACGAGAGCGACGAGUUCAGCCAGGUCUUCGAUCACGAGAUCUCCUAUAUUGAAGGGGGCACCGCCAGCGGCUUCUUCACAGUGGAGGAUACGCACUAUAUCACCAGGCUUUAUCGGGUGUACGGCAAGAAGAACAUCAAGCUGGAGCCCGUGCCGCUGAAGGCCGUGUCUCUGGACCCUCGCUUCGUCUUCCUGUUGGACCACGGCCUUGAGAUCUACAUCUGGAGGGGGGGCCAGGCCACCUUGAGCGGGACCACCAAAGCCAGGCUCUUUGCGGAGAAGAUCAACAAAAACGAGCGGAAGGGGAAGGCGGAAAUCACCCUGCUGAGCCAGACGCAGGAGACGGCUGAGUUCUGGGACGUCCUCGGGGGGCAGCCGGAAGAGAUCAAGCCCAACGUCCCCGAUGACUUCAAGGCCCCCAGACCCAAGCUGUAUAAGGUCGGCUUAGGUCUGGGAUACCUGGAGCUGCCCCAGAUCAACUAUAAGCUCUCGGUCGAGCACAAGAAGAGGCCUAGCGUGGAUCUGCUCCCAGAGAUGAGAUUGCUUCAGAGCCUGCUGGACACCAAGUCCGUCUACAUCCUGGACUGCUGGUCGGACGUUUUCAUCUGGAUCGGCCGCAAGUCCCCUCGCUUGGUGCGGGCGGCGGCCCUGAAGCUGGGCCAGGAGCUGUGCGGCAUGCUCCAUCGCCCGAAGCACGCCCUGGUCAUCCGGAACUUGGAGGGCACGGAGUGCCAGGUCUUCAAAUCUAGAUUCAAAAACUGGGACGACGUCUUGAAGGUGGACUACACCCGCAACGCCGAGGCGGUCCAGCAGGUUGGCGGUCUCUUGGGCAAAGUGCAGAAAGACGUGGAGAAGAAGGACCAGAUGAAGGCCGACCUCACGGCCCUCUUUCUGCCCCGGCAGCCUCCUAUGCCACUCAGCGAGGCAGAGCAGCUCAUGGAAGAAUGGAACGAAGACUUGGACGGCAUGGAAGGUUUUGUCCUGGAAGGCAAGAAAUUCACCCGCCUGCCGGAGGAGGAAUUUGGGCACUUUCACACCCAGGACUGCUACGUCUUCUUGUGCCGGUACUGGGUGCCCGUGGAGAACGAGGAGGAUGAGGAGAAGAAGAAGAGGAGCAGGGCGAAAGGUGCCGCCGAAGGGGAGGAGGCAGCCGAGGAGGAAGAGGAGGAGGAAGAGGAGAAGCAGCCCGAGGAGGAUUUCCAGUGUGUGGUGUACUUCUGGCAGGGGCGGGAGGCCUCCAACAUGGGCUGGCUGACCUUCACCUUCAGCCUCCAGAAGAAGUUUGAGAGUCUCUUUCCAGGCAAACUGGAGGUCGUCCGCAUGACUCAGCAGCAGGAGAACCCCAAGUUCCUUUCCCACUUCAAGCGGAGGUUCAUCGUCCACAAAGGGAAGAGGAAAGCCCGGGACACCAGCCUCCAGCCCAGCCUCUACCACAUCCGGACCAACGGCAGUGCCCUCUGCUCCCGGUGUAUCCAGAUCAACACGGACUCCAGUCUUCUGAACUCAGAAUUUUGUUUCAUCUUGAAGGUUCCCUUUGAGAGCACCGACAACCAGGGCAUCGUCUACACUUGGGUGGGCCGAGCCGCCGACCCCGAUGAAGCCAAGCUGGCUGAAGAUAUUAUGAACCACAUGUUCGAUGAUUCCUACAGCAAACAGGUGAUCAACGAAGGGGAGGAGCCCGAAAACUUCUUUUGGGUCGGCAUCGGAACGCAGAAGCCCUACGACGGAGACGCGGAGUACAUGAAAUAUGCCCGGCUCUUCAGGUGCUCAAACGAAAAGGGCUAUUUUGCCGUGUCUGAAAAAUGCUCCGACUUCUGCCAAGAUGACCUCGCCGACGAUGAUAUCAUGUUACUGGACAACGGCCGGGAGGUAUACAUGUGGGUAGGAACACAAACGAGCCAAGUGGAGAUCAAGCUCAGCCUUAAAGCUUGCCAGGUUUACAUCCAGCACAUCCGCUCCAAAGACCCGUCCCAUCCCCGAAAGCUCCGCCUCGUCCGGAAAGGGAACGAGCCGCCCGCCUUCACCCGCUGCUUCCACGCCUGGAGCGUCUUCCGCAAACCUCCCGCCUAA